GCUAAGGAGACGACUUCAGCCCAAAAGAGGGGGCAGACCAAAACUCUACCCAUGCUCUCAGUUCCAGGAGGCUCUAGGUGCCCACAGCACGGGCCUUCCAGUGACACUCGGCCCGCCAUUCCUAGGCACGGUCAUGCCUCGAGGUCAGAAGAGUAAGCUCCGUGCCCGUGAGAAAUGCCAAAAGGCCCGAAGUGAGAGCCAGGGUCUCGCGGGAGCUCAGGCCACUGCAGCAGUGGUAGAGUCUCCCUCCUCCCCCUUGCCUGUUUCUGAGGGUGCUCCCCCGCACCCCCCUGCAGCAGGUUCUCCCCAGAAGUCUCCCAGGGCCCGGUCUGCCAGCGGCCCUGCUGCAGCCAUUUCGGGCUCCAGUUCUGAUGAACGUGCCAAGAGCCAAGGGGAGGAAAGCCCAGGUUUGUCCCACGCCCCGCCUUCCUCUGAAAGCGCUCUCAGAGAUCAUCUGAGCAAAGAGGUGGGCCUGUUGGUGCAAUUUCUGCUGCACAAGUAUAAAGUGAGAGAACCCAUUACAAAGGCAGAAAUGCUGCAGAUUAUCAGCGAAGAGCACCAGGAGCAAUUCCCCGAGAUCCUCCGGAAGACCACUGAGCGCAUGGAGCUGGUCUUUGGCCUUGACCUGAAGGAGGUUGACCCCAGCGGUCAGUCUUAUGCCUUUGUUAGGAAAGGGGAUCUUCCCGUCGAAGGGCGUCUGAGCGAUGGCGUGGGCUUUCCCAAGAAUGGGCUCCUGAUGCCCCUCCUGAGUGUGAUCUUCAUGAAUGACAACCGUGCCACCGAGGAGGAGAUGUGGGAAUUCCUGAAUGUGUUGGGGGUCUAUGCUGGGAGGAGGCACCCGCUCUUUGGGGAGCCCAGGAAGCUCAUCACCAGAGAUCUGGUGCAGGAAAAGUACCUGGAGUACCGCCAGGUGCCCGACAGUGAUCCUCUUUGCUAUGAGUUCCUGUGGGGUCCGAGGGCCCACGCUGAAACCAGCAAGAUGAAGGUCCUAGAGUUUUUGGCCAAAGCCAGCGAUACUGUCCCCAGGGCCUUCCAGGCCCAUUAUGAGGAGGCUCUGCGAGAUGAGGAAGAGAGAGCCCAGGCCAGAGCUGCCGCCGGGGCCUUGUCCAGCAGCACUUCUCAGCCCUAGUGAAGUCCAAGACAGGGCCUUCACUUUGUAGUGGGGAAGUGCUGUCAACCUUAAAGCAGCGGGGAGUGAGGUGGAGCUGGAGACAGCAGAGUAUAGUUCUUCUUUGUGUUCCUGUUGUUUAGAAAUAGCAUAUAGAUUUACCUCUUUGUUUCUUAGCUUUCCAGUGUGUUGUUUUUUAAAAAGUUGAUGUAAGUUCAGAAUGUACGUUUAUGAAUGACGUGGCUCGCAUAUGUAUUGCUGGUUACCACGUUUGAGAGUAAUGGUUUUGUAUUUUGUAAGACAAAUUGAAAACCCUUGCAUCUUCUACUGUGAUCCAGUACAAGAAACACAUAGCACUGGAAUAGGGAGUUUCGGUAAAAUGUAACAGAACCCCACAGUGAAACA